AUGCAGCCACAGUUCUCACCGUCUAUCGAACUUGCAGUACCUCCUCUCUCUGCGCAAGGCUUGCUUUUGUCCUCAUCUGACGAGCAUGUAGUACAUCAUCCUCCAAUCGAUUCUUCGGCUACGCUCCUCCCACCUUCUUUCAUACCUACACCCACUCCAGCGAAACCUACCACGAGCACGUCCAAACCCACAGCAACCCCUGCAUUCCUCCAGAAUUCCGCCGCGGUGCACGAAGAACUCUCCACACAGCUUGCACAGAUGGCGACACAGCUUAAGCGAAAUGCGCUGCACUUCUCCGGCUCACUCGAGGCAGACAAGGCCAUCAUAGUUGCCGCACAGGAGAAGAUCGAGCGCAACCACGAAGUUACAUUGAUCAGGGAGCGCGGGCAUUUGAGGGUCAUAGGAGGCAAGACUUUGAGUACAACGUAG